GUAAUAUUGCGUAAAGGCAUGACAGACCAGUUCUGGCUUCGAAGAAGAAUCGAAAAAAAACUACGGAAAAUAUCGCUUUAAAAACACAAUGGCUGAGACAUCAAAAGUAAAUCAUGACCACACAUAUGACAUCCUGACAUCCCUUAUGAACAUCAGUCCGUCAUCUCCUGAGGAAAAAGACUUGAUAUUAGGCAUCACCUCACCCAGUGCAAGUGAUACAUCAUCUGACUCUGGAUUGGCAUUAAGUCCAGUGGAGUUUGAUGCCUUUGAUAUUGAUUUUACAGAAGAACCUUUAUUAGAAAACAUUGAUUUUGAUAACAUGUCUCCAGAAUGCUUGCCAAAAUCAACUACACAAUUAUUUGACAAUUUUGGAGAUAUAUCUGAUAUUGAUUUUUCAUUCCUAAAUGGACUGGAUGCAGAAAAUCUUGACCAACUGCCAGAACUAGAAGACGUUAGCAUGCCGGCCGCAGAUGACAAUAUCCCUGAUCUUGAAAGCUUUGUCGAUCUUAUGGAUAAUAUAAAGGAAGCAGAAGAGCCUGCAAAGACUCCUGUAACAGCCAUUGUAAAACCCCUGCAAAGCUCUCUGCCAGCUGUGGAUGUGGUCAAAACGUCCGCAAAGAUUACACCAAUAAUCAUCACAGAAAUAAAACCAGCUCUGAAUACGAUGCCGAAACCAAGAGUGAAGCAAGACCAGUUGAUUAUCAGUGAAGAUGAGAGAAAAAUGCUUGAGGAAGAAGGGCACUUUUUACCAACAAACGUUGCUCUCACAAAAGAUGAAGAGAAGUUGUUGAAGAAAGUUCGGCGAAAAAUCAAAAACAAGGUUUCAGCUCAGGAAAGUCGCCGAAAAAAGAAAGAAUAUAUCGAUGGACUUGAAUUUAGAGUGAAAACGUGUACAAACCAGAACAGGGUCUUGCAAAAGAAGAUCGACACCCUUGAAGAACAGAAUAAGACUCUCGUGGAACAGCUGAAGAGUUUGCAAGAACUUGUUUCAUCGUCAAACCAGAAUAAAAAACAAACAAGCACUUGUAUUUUGGUGCUGUUUCUCGCUUUUGCUUUGGUGGCAUUUCCGUUUCAAACUUUCACCUCAUCUCCUGCGAAAACCAACACCCUUGCGGACACGUAUUCAACAAUGUCUGUUCGUUCGAGAACUUUACUAGAAUACAAAGAAGAGGCUGAACAUCCUCCAAGUACUCUCAAUAUCUCUGAUUACCUUCGAGCGUUUAGUAUUGUCUUCUCUUUCACCAAAGAUAAACCAGAAGUCGACAGCUACCCUCAACAACCUUCAAUAUCGUUCGAUGAAAACCGGAGCAUAAACGAUGACUCCUUUGCUAGCCGCGAAUAUUCGUUUAGCAAAUAAAUUUUUAUUGUAUACUGUAAUGUACUGUAUAUAUAAAGACUAGAAAUAGUAGGAGCUACUUUUGAAAUAUAAUUUGAUUCCGGUAUAAUCGGGUUAUUAAAGAAAUCUAUCAUAGAUUGUUUGGCAAUAAUUGCAUUCUGCGGGGUUAACUGGGUCAUUCUUUUUAAAAACCCGACUUGUCAGUCGAUUUUUUUUCCCGGCUAAAGUCCUGGGUAUCGAACGAAUUGAAACCGUUUUCCGCAGGAGGAAAUAUAAGGAAGAAAUAUAAACUAACGAUACUUGUUUGAAAACCAUUCAUAGCAAACAAUUUUACACCUUUGUAUUUGCACGCUUUUUUGUGAUGAAAUGAACAGUUUUUACCUCAGGGGAUUUGUAAAUAUUGUAUUAAACAAUAG